AUGGCCCGCUACGACCCCGCCACAUGGCCACAGAAAUUGUACAUACCUGAAGUUCAGAAGAAAGACUACCAACCAGAAUGUGGAAGGAAUGAAAAAAGUGAAAUACUAGCUGAGAAUUCCUUUGCUAAAGAUCUGGGAUUCAAAGAAGAGAUGGCUUCAAGUAGAUUGUAUAGACCUAGAAGUGCAUUAGCCCGAGCAUUGUAUGAAAAACAGCGGAAUGACAGACAUCUUCAAGAAUUAGACAAAAAUGAGUGGUAUCGCGUUGACAAGACCCGUUUGAGCCCCGAGCUUCAGUCGAAAUUUGUCCAACUGAACGCAGACGAAGAGACCAAGGAGUUCCUUUCAUCGUCCAUAGACAAGUCGACGUGGGUGUGGACUCAACUAUGGUACCUCCUCGCAAAGGCGGUGCUGAAACAUUUCUGGUCUAUCACUGACAUCAAUGGGUCGCUCAAGAUUAAGCAGAGGAAUUUCUUCAUGAAGGCAAGCUGA